UUGCCCUGUCAUGCAGUAAAAUUCGCUAGGCAAAAAAUUUUUGUGGUUGUUGAAGAGAAAGCAUGCGACAUCUUCCAUAUUUUUUGCACUCUUCCACUGUUCUUUUCUAGUUCCAAUCAUUAUACACUUAAAUAUCUAAAAAUUUUUCAUCAGAAAAAUAAAUUUAAAAGAGGAUAUUUCUAUGCCCUCUCGAACGUGAUGCUGAAAAAGACACGGUUCAGAACCACAAGCUUCAUGCAUCUGAUCAUUAGAGUGGUCUACAGACAGUUUUAUUACAUUGUCAGUAGUAUUAUUUUUGUCUUGAGAAUAAAUAAUGCAAAUGAGCAAAAGAUUAGAACCCAACCGCAAUCCGACUUGAAGCUGAUGAGCGCAAAAGUAGAUUUAAAUGAAGAAAAAGAGUGUUUAAAAAAUACUGAUGAGAGUGUGCCCUUUUCUCUCAAAAGUCCAGUUAUAGUUUUAACAGAUAUCAUUGACAACACUCGCCUAUUUAACGAGCAACCUCUGAAAAUGAGACAGUGCAUCGUUGCACACUACAAGAUGAUAUUUUCUUUGCUAAAAAGGUAUGGCGGGCACAUGGUUGCCAACGAAGGAGAUUCUUUCCACCUGGCUUUUCAGCAUUUUGAAAAUGCAAUCAAGUUUUGUAAAGAUUUAUUUGCUGGCAUUACAGCGAAAUAG